AUGUUCUCUAUAAUACCGGCUUUGACUAUCUUCGUCGUUUACGCGAAGACAUCAAACUAUGACGAAGAAGAAGUCGAAGCGUUCUAUAUGGAGUUGGAGAAGUUCUACAGAGAAGGCCAUAAAUUCUUCAAGGUCACCAUUGGAGAUUUCAAUGCCCAGAUUGGACCAAGGAGAACGUCUGAAGAACGUCACAUUGGGCCCCACAGAUUAGAAUGGAACGAACAGGUUCAUGGACAAGCUCGUGUUAACGAGAACGCCGGCGCCGCCGACUCCNAACGUGCGAAGAGCCAAGCCACUGUGUUUACGAGCACUGGCGUAAUGGUCUUCAGGACAUUCUCUAAUUCACCGGAAUCGUUAGAUAUUCCUCGCUUGUUGCUAACAAAUCCUGAGGGUGCAUAUAGGCCACACCUAGACUGUUUUUACGAUUUACAACAUCUGACAAUGAUGCUCAAUGACAAUGAUUCGAAUGAUCUGCAGAUGCUCUGCAAUGGUUCCGUAGAAAUGCUAUUUUGCACUCCUAGUGUUUUGAUCGAUGCUGUGUUCAGUAGUAUCGAAUACGUGGCAAGCCACUCGGUGCACUAUAGAGACUCGACGAGCAUAAACAAGCAUUGCCUCAGGAACGGACUGCUGCGCAAGGAACGAGUGCGCAGGUAA